GAUUUAGUUCACGUAUGUUGUUUGAUAUAAAAUCAGCCAUUUUCAGCUAGCUCGACUUCACUCAAAUACUGUCAAGAAACUACAUCUACAUUUAAGUUUUUUUUUUAUUAAAUAAACCCAAGUAUUGAAAAAUCACAAAGAAUAAUGACCACUCUAUCUGCCAUUGAUCAACGAUCCUGUACUCUUACUCGACUUACCGUAGGUCGAAACUCUUCUUCCCGUCGAGGUUCAGCUAAAGCUUCUCCCUCUCCCUCAAAAAAAGAUUUAAGAAAAGCGAAUGACGAAAGUCGACCUAUCACUCUUUGCCCUAAGACUCUUCAGUCGAAGAACAAAAAAUGUUUGAAACUGGACACAAGCUGCAAAACAAUGGACAUACUUCGCUCUAUAAAUUCUAAGACAAUUUCUCCGCUUGACUUGGAAAAGGUUAUUCAUAAAGUUCUGAUCAUCGACACUCGGUCCUUUCACUGUUAUUCGAAAUGCCAUAUUAUGAACUCUAUCAAUAUUUGCGUUGAAAAUAAGAUUGUUAAGAAAAAAUUCAUACAAGGUAAUGUCAAAGUCGAAGACAUCAUAUCAACACCCUGUGUCAGACAAAGAUAUGAAAACAACUGCAAUUUGGAGUUGGUUUUGUACGACGAGAGUUCACGGGUUCGAAACGAUACAUCAGAGGCUUUUAACCUCCUAAUGAGCGCUUUAGAAACCGAGGGAAGAAAAGUCCUUCUUCUUGAAGGUAAAGUCUUCUUUUUUUAG